UGAGACUGACGGAGAUGAGAUAGAAUUAGAAACUAAACAAAGUUUAUUAGAGUUCUGAGCCAUGACAAGUAGAAGUAGUAAUUAUAAAAAUUCCCGAAUGAAUUACAAUUUUCAAAAUGAAUCUUUUGAAAGUAAAGGUAAUAAACCUACCCGAGAAGCAUCAUCUAUUUUGGAAGUUCUCGUUAUAAUGAUAGUGCACAUUUGCAAGAAGGUACUGUUCUUCGACACCAAUUUAAAAAUAGCAGUUUAUUUAGGAGCUCUUUUCUUGCUUUCACUUAUGGCGGACAGUCUAACGUUUCCGAAAACAUAUUUCUCAAGGAGUGAUAAUAUAUUCAACCAAUAUUUUGUUAAAAUUGGAUGGUUUUGGACAUUAUUUAUGACGGUGCCCUACGUUCUAUUGACAUCCUACACCACUUGUUGUGGUAAUAGAAGACUCAUAGCUACAGCACACUUAUCGAGAUUGGCGAUAGCUACAUUUUUUUGGUACAUCUGGACAAUGAUCUUUAAUGUUAUUGAAACCAAAUAUGGACGAUGUAAUAUGAAGAAUGUAGACAACAAAGUAAUGUGUUUAAAAAACGGGGGCUUUUGGAAUGGAUUUGAUAUAUCUGGUCAUUGUUUCAUUCUUAUAUAUUCAAGUUUAGUGAUGAUAGAAGAGGCCAGGGCCAUAAAUGGAUGGGAAAGAAUAAAAGAUUACAUCAGAGAUGAGAAACAUGCACGAAGUAUGGAUGAUAAAUCUGUAAGCAUGAAUCCUCUAAGAAAAGUUUCAGCUGAGGAACUAGAGGUUGUAAAAACAUCCUAUGAAAAAUGGACACCCUAUGUGAGAGGAUUUUUAAUUGCAACAACUUUGCUUCAAAUACUGUGGGAUGUGAUGCUUGUAUCUACCAUUCUUUAUUACCAUAUUAUGGUGGAGAAAUUCAUCAGUGGUGUAAUAGCUAUAUUUACAUGGUUUGUGACCUAUAGAGUUUGGUAUACAAUUCCAAAUGUUCUUCCUAAUUUACCAGGAGAUGGCACAUUCAAGUAUAACAAAACAAAAUUGGCAUCGACUCCUACAUUUAGAAAAAGAAGCACCACAAAUGGUAAACAUUUUAUGGGCAUGCCCAUCAACCGGCAGGAUACCACAGAGGCUGCAUCAGAGGAAAAAAGAUAAUCUAAGGUAGUUGAGGUAAUAAAAAUAAGCCAGGCAAAUGUGCAUUACAUAUGUUUCAUCUCAAGUACUAGUUAGUAUGGUUGUAGCAUUUUCUGGGAUUUAAAGUAAUUGGUAGUACAUAUAUCAAGGGUACCUGGAUUCAAGUAUAAAAUCUUGUUAUUAGUAAAUUAGGUAAACUGGGUGCAGGGGGUAAGAAACAACUUUACUAAGAAAGUUAACUUUUUAAAUUUGCACAAUUUCUAUAUUAAGGUUAAAUCAAAAGAGAUUUAUUUCACUUUGAAAACUAUUUAUUGAUAUUAAAUUAAUAUUUAAGAAAUAAAAGUUCUUAUACAAACUA